UCUGUAGAUUGGGGGGUGUUGUGGUGCAGUGCUCUCUGGGUCUGUAGAGUGGGGGGUGUUGUGGUCAGUGCUCUCUGGGUCUGGACUGGUUGAAGCUCCCAGAUGAAGUCUUCCUGGCUCCAGAGGACUGUCCACUGGAUAGUGUGCUGGAAGUCCAUACGGCGGAAGAGCCACAGGAAAAUAACACUGGUGAUGGUUGGACUUGACAACGCUGGGAAGACUGCUACAGUACGCGGGAUCCAGGGAGAGAGCCCAGAGGACGUGGCCCCUACGGUAGGGUUCUCCAAGGUGGAUCUGAAGCAGGGGAAGUUUGAGGUCACCAUCUUUGACCUGGGCGGAGGGAAGAGGAUCAGGGGCAUCUGGAAGAACUACUACAGCGAGUCGUACGGGGUGGUGUUCGUGGUGGACUCCAGUGAUGUUCAGAGGAUCCAGGAGACCAGGGACACUAUGGCUGAGGUCCUCCGACACCCUCGCAUCUCUGGGAAACCUGUCCUAGUAUUGGCUAACAAGCAGGAUCGGGACGGGGCAUUGGCUGAGGCAGACAUCAUUGAGAACCUGUCAUUGGAGAAGCUAGUGAAUCCAGAGAACAAGUGUCUCUGUCAGAUCGAGCCGUGUUCUGCUGUUCUGGGCUACGGUAAGAAGGGGGACAAGUCCAUCAGGAACGGACUCAACUGGCUGCUGAACAUCAUCGCCAAAGACUACGAAGCCAUCUCUGAACGCGUGCGGAAGGACACGGCCGAACAGAGGGCUCAGGAGGAACAGGAGAAGAGAGAGAGACAGGAGAGAGUACGGAGGAUACGGGAGGAGAGAGACCGUCAGGAGAAAGAGGAGGCGGAGAGGGAGGGUCGGACACUGCAUGAGGAGGAGGAGACCGACGACGCCACCGUACACAGCCCCUUCCAGCCAAUCGGCAACGUCAUCAAUGGGUGUUCCCGCAGGGUCAAUGGGUUGGGUGGUUCCAGCUGUGUUAAUGUCAUCAGUGGUUCCAGCUGUGUUAAUGCCAUCAGUGGUUCCAGCUGUGUUAAUGUCAUCAGUGGUUCCAGCUGUGUUAAUGCCAUCAGUGGUUCCAGCUGUGUUAAUGUCAUCAGUGGUUCCAGCUGUGUUAAUGCCAUGGGGGGGUCCAGCUGUGUUAAUGUCAUCAGUGGUUCCAGCUGUGUUAAUGUCAUCAGUGGUUCCAGCUGUGUUAAUGCCAUGGGGGGUUCCAUCUGUAUUAAUGCCAUGGGAGGGCAGGAAGAGGAAGAGGAGGAGGAGGAGGAAGAGGACAGCGAGAGACAGACUCCAGAAAGCGGUGCAGCCUCAGUGGAGUGGACGAAGAAGAAGACGAGUAAACUGAGACUGAAGAGGAAACACAGAGUGGACCCUCUGAGGACGGAGGAGACAGCAGCCCCCGAGAGCCCCACACCUCCACCACUACCUGUUCUUGACAAGCCCCUCCCUCCCGUGGCCAACCGUCAACAACAACCUAACAGCGACACUCAUGAUGUCAUAUCCUAGCCCCUCCCCUCCACCGGGCUCCUCCUUCCUUACCUGAUUGGUUUAUCCCAUCCCCAAGCCCCACCUUCAAUUCAAACAACGUUAAAAUGACAGUCUCUUUGGUUUCUUUUCAAAGUACGUGCUGUGUAGAGAUCUACGGACUCCACCACCAGCCGAGAUGAUGCUCCCAAGACCAAUGAACCACCGCCACCGUCGGCCCCGAGCUCACAGGACUACGAUGGUGGAGCGGACUGUCCAACCCUGGAGAGAGAGGGAGGGUGACUGGGUGGGCCCUGGAGAGAGAGAGAGAGGAUGACUGGGUGGGCCCUGGAGAGAGACGGAGGGUGACUGGGUGGGCCCUGGAGAGAGA